UACAAAGGCAUAUUAAUAUGGCCGACUACUUUUGAUCUAACUUCCGCAAUCAGAAAAAGAAAUCGAUAGUUAGAACAUUUACAUUAAAGAAGAGAAUUUAUAUUUUAUAAACUUAGAAAAUGUGCGAAGGGUGUGUUAGAGAAGAAUAUCCGGACAGGGGAACGCUAUGUUUAGAAAGUGGAUGCUACAUGAUGAAUUAUGCUGGUUGCCAUGAAUGUCAGGACAGAAGCACACCCAAAAUUGUAAAUAAAAAAUCAGAUGAAAUCAAUGAUGAAGAAAUGAUAACAUUUCAACAUGUCUGUUCAAAAUGUAAUCACCUAAUUGGAGAACAUGAACACAUAUUUAAAGUCUCUGGGGAAUACCAGUUGUAUGAAAUGUCUUGUAUAUUGUGUGGGACAGGUGAAGAUCAAAGAAGUAUAAUGCCCUGUGAUCCUAGAGGACCUCAAAUGAACAAUGACUUCAUAGACUGACUUUAUGCUAUGAUACUUUAAUUGAAGCUACAAUUAUGAAAAGACAUUGAAAUACUCCCAGUAUUGACCUUAUAAUACAUAAGGACCAUGCUUCCAGGAACAAUUCAUUGAAAUAAUUGAAUUAAACAAGAGCUAAUUCUGCCUAUUGCAGGUCUUUCUUUAGGCCUUGAAUGUUAUAUGUAUUGUUUAAUGGUCGAGAGCGAGACAUUAAGUAAUAUAUUGUAACAACAAGAGGGCCAUAGGCCCGAGUGUUUUUACAAUAUAUUAUGCAAUGUCUUAAGCUCCAGACCAUUAAACGACUUAAAAUACAGACACAUGCUUUUACAGUGAAAUAUGUCACGCGAGUCCAUUAUUUCACUAGUAUAUAUAAUGUACGAUUGUCAAGUUGCCCCUACGAUUAUUUGAGAUAAUGGUACGCCAACAUCAAAGGGUGAGGUCACAUCUGUAUUUAAUAAACUAUUAAUUAGACAUUUAUUAACAUGACAAGACCAUAAUGAACUCUCGAUGCGGAGGAAGAAGGGCCAGCUCUUUAUCUAAAUCUAAUUCUUACAUAAUGUGUCUUUAAAUAUAUGGUAAAUGUGUACUUAUAUGAAACUAUAAGUUGAACUAUGCAUGUAGACAGAAAAUCAAAUAAAUCAUAUCUUCAGUAAUCAGCAUGGCAUUCUUUAAAAGAUCGGGAUACAAGUUUAGAACAACAAAUGUCAAUGGGAAAUACUCUAGGAUUAUAUAUAUUGUAUCAAAUUGAAUUUUAUGUUGGCCUUCAUUUUUAUUUUCAAAACAUCACAAUGCACAAAACAAUUUCUAUAAUGUUGAUAAGUAAUGUAAUUUGUCAUUUGGAAAAUCUAAUAAAUUAUGCUUUAUUAUUAAAUUAAAUUGGUAUAUCAAAAAAAUUAUUCUUUAAAUAAAUUGAAAAUAUAAGGUUGGAAUUGUACAUUAUUCUUUUUAAUAUAUAUGACUUUAUAGAAAUAGUAUUAUUUGAUAUUCCUUGUAUUUAGCUGACUGGUUGUACAUUUUCUGUUGUUCAAAUUACAAAAUAUAAAUUUGUUUAUAAACGCAAGCAUUUUUUAAGCCAGAGGAGUAGCUUAUGCAAGGAUCAUACCUCAAAAUCCUUGUGAACCAGCUUAACCAUCUGACACUCAGAUGGUUAACAAAGCAAAUUUCCACAAAACUUAAUGAGCUCGCUAAAGCCAAACAUUUUAAGCCGACACAUGUAGACCUCUCAUAUAAGCCAGCUUUCGAACAAAAUAAUUCUUAAGGAAAGAUAGCGAGCCAGGUUUUUAUACGCUGCUGUGGACGUAUAUUAUUAUUGUGGCCCCUGUCUGUCUGGAAUUUGUGGUCAUUAUACAGGUCACAUUUUUUUUAUCCGAUUUUGAAGAAACUUGAAAUAUGGGUUUAUUUCCCAAAGAUCUCGGUUCAUUUCGAUAUUGGCAUGUAUCUGAUCGUAACUUCAUGCAUUAUGGCCCCUGAUUGUAAGAAAUAUCGCGGUUUUAGCCUGUGGUCUCUUUGGAGAUCACAAUUUUUAUUUGAUUAUGGACACUCCAGAUGUCACAAUUUUUAUCGAUUUUAAUGAAACUUGAAAUAAAUGUUUAUAACCAAACGAUCUCGGGUCCUUUCGAUAUUCGCAUAUAACAGAUCGUAACUUCCUCGAUUAUGGCCCUUGAUUGUACGAAAAAAUCACAACUUUAACUUGUGGACUCCCUAGAGGUCACAAUUUUUACCCAAUUUUAAAUAUCGUUCAAAUAUAUCAUCCUUACAUCCUGAUGAUGAUUGAGUUUAAAUUUCAGUUCCUUUGGAUAUUUGCACAUAAUAUAUCAGACCAUAACUUCCUGGAUUAGGUCGUGGGUCCUCUAAAGGUCAUAAUUUUUAUUCGAUUUUAAAAACUGUUUAAAUAUAUUACCGUUCCACCAUAAUGAAGGUUUAGUUCUAAUUUCGUGAAAAUCGAAACGAAACUGCCAGACGAAAUAGACGCUCCUUGCCAUGUACGCAUAUUGUGUACAGGUAUGUAAUACCAAGGUUGUUUACCCUCUAGAGGUCACAAUUUUAGUCUGAUUUUGAUGAAACUUAAAAUAUAUCUUUAUAUCCAAAAGAUCUCAGCCCCUUUCGAUAUUUGUGCAUUUCAGAUCAUAACUUCUUGGAUUAAGGCCCCCGAUUGUACGAAAAAUCGCUUUUUAACAUAGAUAAUCAGGCUUAAAAUUUUUGCGAUUUGAUUAAAUGUAUGGCACAUCAGAUUUAAUUUUUAUUUGUUAUUAAAUGUUUUUAUAAGAUGUGUAUGGGAAUGCAUGUGUGCUGGACAUAAUAAAACAUUUUUCUUAA